CCCCUCCCCAUGACAAAUUCCUUACAUCACUCCUCGCUCGGUGCUUAUAAAGACAGUGUACGAGCGCCAGUGCUCAUUGUCUUUCACAGCUCGUAAGCGAAGGAGUUAAAUUAACAAAGCAGGCUGCACACCAGCUGCAAGAUCUCCGCAGAAAUGGCAGCGUUUCCUAUCAUCCUGUGGACCCUACACUAUGUCAUCUGCAUUUUGGCAACGGAUUACGAAGAUGUGCAAUAUAUUAAUGGAAUGCCAAAUAAAAUCUCGGUUUUACCAGAUGGCUCCUGCAGAUGCCAGAAGGAGCUGACUAAGUGGGACAAGCUGUUCGUCAUGCUGGAAGACUCCCAGAUGAAGCAGAACAUGCUGCAGCACGCCAUCCAGGAGGUGUGCCGCGUGGACUGCCGGAGGAUGCAGUCGGAGGUGCACCAGGUGACGGCCGCCUGUGCCGACACUGCCGCCAGGGCGGUGGAGAGGGCAAUGUCGCAGCUGGCCGCCCGCGCCGACUGGAAGCCGGCCUACAAGGUGGAAGACUUCGGCAAGUCCAAGACGGAAAACGAGUCGGAGCAGAAAAACACCCUGCAACAGCUCCUGACCGUGACGCAGGAUCUGUCCGUCAGACUCCAAGCGCUGGAGACGUCUUGGCAGAAGGCGAUGCUCGUCACUUUUCAGAGUUCGUCCCAAGACGGCAACGAAUUGGCUCAGAGAAAGCCGGAGACCUUCCUGGAUUCCUUCGGACCGCCGCGUCCUGGAGGAGACGACGCCGAGACACAGAGAUGCUCGGCCACACACGUGUUGCCAUCAGGCUACGAGAUGGCUCUGAUCUUUCCAAUGCGUUCACGGACGAUCUACGCGAGCGUGCAUCCGGACACCAUGACUCUCAGCUCGUUCACGGCCUCCGUGUGGGUGAAGGCUUCUGCCUUGCAGGAGAAGACUGUGGUGUUCUCGUACGGGACCAGAAGAAACCCUUUUGAGAUCCAGCUCUACCUCAGCCGCUCUUCGGCCAUCUUCUCGGUGCACGCCAACACCAGCCGGGCGGUGGCCCACAAUGCCGUCUCCCUCGGGGAGUGGUCCCACCUCUGUGCCAGCUGGGACUCCAGCCACGGGAACGCCACCCUCUGGGUGAAUGGCCAAGUGGCCGCCAGCUUGUCGGGGGUGGCCGUGGGCCGGGUGGUCCCCGACCGAGGACUGCUCCAGCUCGGCCAAGAGAAGAACGGCUGCUGCGUGGGCGGCGGCUUCGACAAGAACCUGGCCUUUGCGGGAAAGUUGACUGGGUUCAACAUUUGGGACCGAGUCCUCUCCGAACACGAGAUCCAAAGCUUGGCCAGUCGGGAGUCUUCCCGCAGCAUGGCGGGGAAUGUUGUCGCUUGGGGCGUGACCGAGGUCCAGGCACACGGCGGCGCAACAUUCAUCUAUCAUUAAUUGAAAUGAAUUCUCAAAUUCCCCAAUUAAAACCCUCAAAGAACGGACCUGAAAUUGCUAACGUCACAUCUCCGAUUCUCGGCCUAUGAGAUAGAAUCCUAUUUACACUUCACUG